AUGCGUCUUUGUCUGUUUCAGGUGACCAAGAAGGUGAAGUCCAUCCAGAUGUUCCGUAAGCCUGUCUCGGCUGCGAUGCAGGGCGACCGCGUGGGCGUGUGCGUGACCCAGUUUGACCCCAAACUCCUGGAGCGCGGCGUGGUGUGCACUCCCGGCUCCCUGCGCACGCUCUACGCCGCCGCCAUCUCUGCGCGCAAGAUUGGCUACUUCAAAGGCGCGCUGUCGACCCGCGCCAAGUUCCACAUCACCGUGGGACAUGAGACCGUGAUGGCCAAAGUGUCAUUCUUCGGGCUGCCACCGGGAGCAGCAGACGUACAUUCGCCUGCGCCAAAUCCACUAGAAACCGUUUUUGAUUUUGACAGAGAGUAUUUCUACCAAGAUGAGUAUAUGACUGGUCAAGGGGAAGGGCAAGGUGCGGAUCCGGAGCAGUGGGCGCUUUUGGAGUUCGAGAGGCCGGUCACGUGUCCGCUGUUCUGCCUGGUGAUUGGUUCGAAGCUGGACACGGACAUUCAUGCCAACGCGUGCCGCUUGGCCUUCCAGGGACGACUGCUGCAAGGUUUUGAAGAGAAGAACUACGCAGAGACGGAGCUUCCCAAACUCAGGAUCUACAAGAGCAAGCAGAGGGAGGGUCAAGUAGAGCGGAUCACAGACGACUACACGGUGAUCGGUCGCAGUCUGUUCAAGAAGGAGACGAACUUGCAGCUGUUCGUGGGGUUAAAGGUCACGCUGUCGUCCGGAGAGCACGGCGUCAUCGAGGGCGGAUUCGGCCAAAGCGGCAAGUUCAAGAUCCGGAUACAAGAGGGCCUGCUCCCGGAGACAAAGCAGCUGCUGAACUCGGCCUCGAAGAAGAAGAGUAAAUCUGGAGCUAAAGGACAAACGGAGGAGGAGCUCAGGGCGGAGCCGCUGCAGCCGGUCUCCAUCGUGCUCCACUUCAAACGCUACGUGUUCGACCCUCACAAGAAGAUGGUCCAGUCCUGA